AUGGCAGGCCUCGAGAUGGAAGACCUCAAAUUCCACAACAUAAUCAACAACACCCUCCGCUCCUCACCCACCACCCACACCGUCACCAACCCCCGAACCGAAUCUGCCCUCUGGCCCUGCCCCAUCGCCUCUCCGGCUGACUUCGAAGACGCUGUCUCCUCUGCCAACCGCGCCUUCAAAACCUGGAAACUCACCACCCUCUCCGAGCGCCAGACCCUCCUAACCAAACUCGCCUCGCACCUCGAAUCCCACCUCUCUCUCCUCUCCCAAAUCCUCGCCCUCGAAUCCGGCAAGUCCCUGCUCCUCUCCGAGCUCGACGUCCGCGGCGCCAUCGCCCAAUGCCUACACUACGCCGACCCCACCAACGCGCUUUCCGAUCACAUCCAAUUCGAAGACUCCUCGGUAAAGAUAAUCGCCACGCACGUCCCCCUGGGCGUCGUGGCCGCCAUCUGCCCCUGGAACUUCCCCUUGAUCCUCUCCAACCUCAAAGUCGUCUCCUCGCUAGUAACAGGCAACCGCGUCAUCGUGAAACCGUCCCCAUUCACGCCCUACGCCGUGCUAAAAUGGAUCGAGCUCGUCGCUGCCGAGGAGAUCUUACCCCUGGGCGUCCUGCAAGUUCUUAACGGCGGCGCGGAUCUGGGUCAACAAAUGACGCUGCACCCUGGUAUUGCCAAAGUGAGCUUCACGGGGACUAUUGCCGUCGGAAAAGCGGUGAUGGCUGCUUGCGCGAAGACCCUCAAAAAAGUGACGCUGGAGUUGGCGGGUAAUGACGCCUGUAUUGUCUGUGCCGAUGCCGAUUUGCCAAAGGCAGUGAAGAGCGUGGCAGGCGGAGCGUUUUUUAAUGCGGGGCAGGUGUGCGUGGCUACCAAGAGGGUGUAUGUGCAUGAGAGUGUGUAUGAGGAGUUUGCGAGGAGACUUGUGGAGGAGGUUAGGGGGAGUUAUACAGUGGUGGAGGAUGCGAGUGUGCCGAGUGUUUUUGGGCCGGUGAGUAAUAAGGUGCAGUUUGAGACGGUCAAGAGGAUUGUGGAGGAUUGUAAGAGGGGGGGUUAUGAGAUUGUUACCGGGGGUGAGGUCAGGGAGAGUGGAAAGGAAGAGGAGAAGAAGGGGUUUUGGCUGGAGCCGACGAUUGUGAAGGGGCCGCCGGAGGAUUCGAUGUUGGUUAGGGAGGAACAGUUUGGACCAAUCCUACCCGUCCUGAGCUGGUCCGACGAAGACGAUGUUAUUAGCCGUUCCAACUUGGCUAAUGCUGGGCUUGGUGCUUCCGUCUACUCAUCCGAUUUAGCUCAAGCCGAACGAAUCGCUCGUCGUCUGGAUGCCGGGAGUGUCUGGAUCAACCAGGCCGAGAGACCACACAUGGGCGCCUACUUCUCUGGCUUCAAGGACAGUGGUUUUGGCGGCGAGAUGGGCAAGCAAGGCCUUCUGUCUUACUCGUAUACCCAGAGUAUUCAUUUCGCAAAGUGA